GCUAAGUCAGUAUCGAAUGUGCGGUCCCAUCGAAUGCAGCAGUAGCAGCAGCUAGAGUGUAGUCUACGGGUGUUGUGACAGUGCGUGCUUUGAAAAAGUGUGGUGGAAUUUGCCAAGUGUAUCCACAAGGCAGUUUCAAAUAUCCAGGGAGGCACAAAAAGAGAGAGUGAGAAAAAAACAGGUCUUCCGUUCCGACGAUUCGCGAAGCGCACGGUUGGUUGAUGAAGCAGAAGACGGCGAGAAGAAAACAGGUAUCACACCUGUUUCUUUGCCCGUAGCUCUCGACACACUUGUGGAGGUUUCGUUCGUACUCCGGCAGCCACGGACUCAGAUAGUGACAAACGAAAAAAAAAAAUAGUAAUAAAAAAACGGUGUUUCGAGAAAAUGCAUAUUUAUUCGGAAUAAUUACCGAGCUGAUAUCGAGAAAAGGGCUUCCUCUGGGGCUGGCCGCGGGAAACUUGUGAAUUAAUUCAGCUAACGCUGUUGCGGAGUGCGUUUGCGAGUAUCUGUGCGAAAAUAGAAAAAGUUUCCGGGUGAGAAGCGGGUGCGAUCGCAUUCCUCUGUUGAUCUGUUCUGGGAUAGGAAAAUCUGUCCCCCAUUCGAAAACCGGGUGCGUGUGCUGCCGUUUAACUGUGCUUCAAAAAUAGAUCCCCGACUGCGACUGGCUUGGUGGUGACCCCAGCUCGGAUUGGAGCGGAGAAACGACGGGUUGGUGUGUGAGGCGCAGAGUGUCAAAAACUCGUUGCUAGUCCCUUACGGUACAGCAGCAGCACCAGCAGAGGCAUCGCGGAGAAAGUUUUGCGGUCAAGCAAGCAACAGAGUGUCGGGGAUUUGUGUGUGGCUCGGACUGGGACACAGCGUUUAACACUACCACCAUGAUGACAGAAACCGUCGUAACGGUGGACCAAUCGCAUGCGGCUCCGAGGUCCAAUGCGGCGCAGGCCAAACCGGAUAAUAGCCUCAACUGGAUCAAGUUUAACGUGCAAUACUUCAAAUCCAUCCCGGGAAUCCUAAAGGUGGUGCAAGUGAUAAUCGGCAUCAUCUGCAUGGCCAGCGCCUCACCCGCCCUGAUCGGGGGAACCCACUUUUUCCUGUUCGUGGUGGUUUCCUCCUUCAUCGCGACCGUUCUCUGGAGUUUCGUCUAUCUGCUAGGGAUUCGGGAAGUGCUGAAUCUACCGAUCAACUGGAUUCUGACGGAACUGAUCAAUACUGGCGUUUCGACGUUGCUGUACUUAAUCGCGUUCAUCGUUCAACUUUCAACCUGGGCUAAUAUUAUAUUUGUGAGCAGGGCAGCGAAUAUUACGGCUGGUGUAUUCGGUGUUUUCAACUUCCUGGCGUACGCGGCUGGAACGUACUUCCUGUACGUAGAGCACAAAUCGUCUGGCGUGUAACGCGAACGCUUCUCUACUAAGGCUAGAGAGCAACAACAGAUGACUAUCUAUUAACCACACUCACCCACAUAAGCACAUACAAACAUGAGCGGCCGUGGCACUAAACGUUGGUGUGCCCCUUUAUUAAGACAUCUGACCGACGUUACGCGUUAGAUCAACAUAUGCAAUAAGAGCAACAGAAAAUCAUAUUCGGUUUUUCUAACAUAUUAUCACUGUUUCGAUGUGAAGACGGUAAAAACCGUUUUUUAUUUUAUUUUGUUGAUUUCCCAAUUUUGUUACUAUAGUUUCUUUGUUCUCGAUAACUGAAACACACACACACACACACACACAUACACAAUCAUUAAACGUAACAAACCAAAACAUCACAACACAUGCUUAUUAAACAUAGCAGAAGAGAAUGAAAAGCCAUUUUUACGAUAAACUACAAAAGUCCUAGCAUUUAGCAAGCGCGAAACCUUUGCUAUAACGUACAAUUGUAACAACUUAGAAUAGAAAGAGAGACAGAGAGAGAGAGAGUUAAGAAGAGGGACCAAUAAAAAAAACACACACCCCUAAAUAUACAAAAGCAUGGAGGGACCUGAAACAAUAGCAACAAUAAUAUAUGAAAACUAAAAGGAAGCGAAUUUUUAGGUGAAACGAAACACACAUACAAACAAACACAUAAGAAGAACACAAACUUUUCUCGAGGAGACAUUCGAAAGAUGCGAAAACGAUGUUUAUUAGUAAUUAAAACUAUUUAUGAAUAAUUA